UGUCUGCCAAAUUUGUUUAUAUAGGCGAGUACAAUGUGCGAUAGACAAAUUUUGCAUGCUAAAAAUGAAUUUUAUUAAAGCAUCACAUUAGUCACAGCAUCUUAUUGCGUAUAACGCAGUAUUUUUAACGAGAGUACGUCAGACCCGUUUUUCCAUUGACGGCUUGUUACAGAAAAGCCUAACCGAAGGAAGAAAGCGUUCUUUACCUUGCUAUCGGAAUUUUAAAAAGCUUUUUUAAUGCUAACACCAUCUUGUAGCGGAAAACGGUGGUCCAUACUUCAUGUUGUAAUUAAUUAUUUGAUUCGGCAUGCUCCUUCAAGGUACACGCACUCGCAACAAGCAGCCGGUCGUGAUAAACUUGAAAGAAUCUGCAGCGCACCGUACGUUUUAAUUAUCGCGAUCAAUUAUCACCGACGUAUAUUCCCUGAAGGGCAACAGGAUCAGAGUCUUUAUUUCCGGCACGUUUUCACACUACACAGUCAACCGUCCACUGUGCAGCGUUCCCUUGAUCAUUGUUAUCGAUCGCAGGGGUGGGAUACUAUGGCGCCGGUAAUUGUGUAUUUGACAGCCAAGAGGCACAAUCCGAACAUCUUCCGCUCCGGUGCGCUAUCACAUUCGUCCCGCACCGGUCGAAUAUUUUUACUUAGUUAAAUCAUGCAUCUCUUAAGAUAUUGUAGCAAAUUAUUGUAUGUUAGAAGCACUUUAGUUUUUGUAUUUUUGAACGUUAGAAUAGCUAAACCUGAAAAUCUGACGAUGUGCCUGGUAACAGAGGAUGAUUCCUAUUAUUUUUCGAAUAUCAGAGCGGCGGCGGUGAUUGAUUUAGCUAUGGAACAGGUUAAUUCUUUUGCGGUUUUGCCGGGCGAUUUAAAACUGCAAAUUAUUAAUCAGACUGCCGGACCAUCGUGUACGCAGCUGCAGUAUACGGUUGUAUCUAAUGUCAUGGAACUGAUACGGAGUGGUACAAACUGCUUGUCGUUUCUUGGUGUAUCUUGUCCCACAUCUGCAACCGCACUGUACGGCAUCGCACACAGCAUUAACGUCCCGAUCCUGGGUAUACCAGCAGCCGGUGUGACCUCGCUGUCAACGGACGACGAAGUCAACACAUUUCCCUUGCUGGCCCGUGUGCCUUUCGGUUUCGGGGACAUCUGCCAGUUCCUGCGGAUCUUCAUGGAGACCUACAAUUACAAGCACGUCUCCAUUCUGCGGGACGACUCUAAUUCCUUCUACACCACAUUGUCCACCUUCACAAUGCGGCAUUUCCGCAGUAAUAACGCGGAGAUUUUUGCCAACACCCUAGAAAUCCCCUUUUUCUCCAAAGGGGCCACCAGAAGUGUUUAUGAGCAGUUACUCAAUCGUGCCAAUGACGUAUCACGAGUAAUUGUAUUGUUAACCAAUGGAACAAUCGUCCGUCAAAUAAUGGUUGCAGCGCAGGGUAUGGGCCUUACCACUGGACAAUACGUGUUCAUUGCCGUCGAACUGUACGAACUGAGUUGGUGGGGAAAAAUUCGGGCGAGUGUGGGCGAUCGGUACGAUACGAUUGCCACCGACGCCUUUAACUGCCUGCUGAUUAUAUCGCUGUACCAGCAAACGGACAAUGCAAAUGAAGACAAUUUCGAAACAAAGGUCAAACAUUUGGCCAAAACAAAAUAUAAUUAUUCCUUUGAACCAAUGGAAAGGAUAGAUCCGGUUUUGACGGGCUUUUACGAAGCUAUUAUCGUUUACGCCCAAGAAGUGGCCCUGAUGAUCAAGGCCAAGCUGGAUUACACCAACGGCAGUCUAAUAGCCAGCCGCAUCACCGAUCCGCGCUGGGACUAUUUGGGCAUCGGCGGCCGCAUCCGGAUCGGUGACGACGGUGAGCGGGAUCGCGAGUUCGAGAUGAAGUCCUUCAACGGCGACACGGGCAAAUUUGAGGUUAUAAUGGAGUACCGCUACAUGCAGGAACUGGAUGGGAACCGGACGUUUCGUACCGUGAAAGACUGGCACUGGCGCACGUGGAAUGGACGUCUACCACCGGAUGAGCCGGUGUGUGGCUUCAGCGAUGAGAAGUGUGUGGACCGGAGUCUGCCCAAAGGAGCGGUGGCGGCCGCGGUGGUUGUACCGAUCCUGGUGCUGACCGGUCUGGUGACGGCCGGUGUUUUUGCAUUCCUUCGUCUGCGGCGGAUGAGAAAGGAUUACGAUCCAAAUUGGUGGAAGAUCAACACAGACGAAGUAAAUGUCCUUCAAAAGCGCACAGGAAGCUCAAACACGUCAAAGAAAACUCUGACGAGUCAUUCCACAAAAGGUUCUUCCUUCAAUGCCAGCGGCAUGAUGACGGACCAAAUUGUCGCAUCGUACAAAGGCGCCACGGUGUCGCUCAUUCCCGUCACAGACGUAGCCAAGCCACCCGGUGCGGAUGUGGCUGCUUGCAUGACCUUGAUAAAAACCGUUGCUCAUCCGAAUCUUCAGCGAGUGAUUGGUGUAUCGAUAAAAGAUGAGCUCUGCGAAUACGUCAUUGAGGAAAUUUGCUCAAAAGGAUCGGUGACCAAUAUUCUACAGAAUGAAAUCAUCAAGCUGGACUGGAGUUUUAAAAACAGUCUCAUCAAAGAUCUCGUCACGGGUAUGGCCCACCUCCACUCGACGGCCAUUGGCUCGCACGGCCAUCUCAACUCCCACGUGUGCCUGGUGGAUACACGUUUCACACUGAAGAUCUCCGAUUACGGUACACCGUGUUUUCGUAAACCGGCGGAAUUGCAGCCAUUCAAAAAAGCGGAUGUCGAGCGGGAUUAUGAGCCGCUGUUGUGGCGCGCUCCGGAACUGCUCCGGCAAAUUAUGCCGGCAGCCGGCACACAAAAAGGCGACGUCUACAGCUUCGCCAUAAUUCUUCAGCAAAUAAUUCUACGAAGUGGUCCGUUUGAACUGCCAAAUGAGCCGCUAGAUUUGUCGGAACGCGAAAUUUUGGAAGAGGUUGUCAAAGCAAACAUCCCCCCGACACGCCCGCGUGUUCCACGUGCUUCUUGCUCAAAUGAACUGUAUGAUUUGAUGGAGAAAUGUUGGGAGGAGAUCCCGUUGGAACGACCGACGUUUGCCAAGAUCAAGGAACGUCUGCGGCGUAUCGUCGGUGACCUCGGCGAGAAUAUUGUCGAUCUACUGUUUCGCCGCAUGGAACAGUAUGCGGCCGAUUUGGAGGUUAAAGUCGCCGAGAAAACGCAGCAGUUUAUGGAUGAAAAAAAUCGCUCCGAGCAGCUCUUGUGCCAACUCUUGCCUAAACCGGUAGCAGCAGCAUUAACCCGUGGCGAGCACAUCGACCCGGAAGCCUAUGAGAGUGUGACAAUUUACUUUAGCGACAUUGUCGGCUUCACGACAAUAUCUUCCACCGCAUCCCCCAUGGAUGUGGUCAAUUUACUCAAUAAUUUAUACACAUUUUUCGAUGGUAUCAUCGAGAAGCACGACGUUUACAAAGUGGAAACUAUUGGCGAUGCAUACAUGGUUGCUUCCGGUUUGCCAGUGCGGAAUGGCAAUAAGCAUGCCGCGGAAAUUGCUACAAUGUCCUUGACCAUUCUCAAUGGUGUCGGAUCGUUAGUAAUUCCCCAUCGACCGACGGAAGCCACUCAGAUUCGCAUUGGGCUAAAUUCAGGUCCAUGCGUUGCCGGUAUAGUCGGCUUAAAGAUGCCACGUUAUUGUCUGUUCGGCGAUACAGUGAAUGUUGCAUCGAGAAUGGAAUCGACUGGAGAACCCAUGAAAAUCCAGUUAACAGCUGAAUGCAAAGCCUUACUGGAAAGUAUCGGUGGCUUCCGGAUAACCGAAAGGGGCGAAGUGUUCGUAAAGGGCAAAGGAACACUCGUGACCUACUGGCUCCUGGGAAAAUAAUCCUAUGACAUCAUUCAAUUAAAGCGAUCCAGCUUAACCUCGAAAGUUGGGUCAUCGACUCCAUAAAAAGCACAAAAUUUUGUCAGUUCCGUAGCGUAAAAGUUCAGUUAAUUUUUUGAUUACUUUUAUUUCUAACUAGCUGCAAUUUUUCUUUAUUCCUGCUAAGUUUGUAACAUUUUUUCGACCCUAAUAUGCAGUCCUACCGCACGCCACUUAUAUUUUAUUUACUGAUAGCACAAUAGGAGAUAGGUAAAUCAAAGAAAACGAAGAAACCCAGUCAAUUUAUAACUGCCAUAAUUUAUAAGUAAAAUUUUAAUGGAUCGCCACUGGGUAAUAAUUAUACAAGCAUGCUGAAUAUAGGAAGUGUAAGCGGCAAGAAUUGUGAGAUAGAAAACGAAACUUAUUGAUAAGUUAUUCAACUGAUACAUAUUAAUUUGUCACAAACUGGCGCUGACAUGAGUAUACCGCGCAGAUGCCGAUAUGUACCGUACGUACAUGUUAAGAGGGACAAUCAGAUCUCAGAAUAUGUAAUUAUGGUAUACAGUAUAUAGGGGGAAAAAUGUGUCUAUCCGAACCAAUCCCUUGUACUUCUGAUGUAAGCCAGCUGGUGGUUUACGUUGUGGCUUGACAGUGUUUUAUGUAAAGCGCUGCCAUUAAGAUUGCAGGUACUGAUAACAGGUAAGCAGCACUCGUACAACUGCAGGUAAACAGGCUAAAACUGUGUUAUAGGCUUAUAGCCCGGACCUGCCUGGUGCAGCUAAUACCACAUGUACCGUCAAUGCCGCACAGCCUUAAUAGCGGCGCUGUACA